UAUUUGCAGCGUCUGUACAGCAUUGCUGCCUACAUGCUGAUUCGAUGCGUUCACCGCAUACCGCAUGCGCAACACACUUAGUCACAACUUGGUAUUGCAUGUACGUUUUAAGUACUGAUUCCAUCAAAUUAUACGAGAUAAUCAAUACCAUUUUUUAUUAUUUCAAAUGACUCAUUAAAUCACCCACCUUGCAAGACGAUACAAAUCAAAAGUGACGUAAAGAAUAGAAAAAUGGCAACGAGCAAAGAAGGAAAAACCUGUGAAAAACAGUGCGAUGCCACCCGUAUAUCCGCCGAAUCUAGUUUCUCGAAAGCGAACACAAGCAAUGAUCAAUAUUUGUUGAGUGUGGCUGAUGCGUUGGAAAAAGAACAGAGCUGCGCUGGUUUUUCACAGACUGAGACAAGUGACAAUGACCGAUACAUAUACCGCGUUGUUGAAGAAUGGGAAAAACAGCAUCAAUCAAUUGGUUUUUCGCAAGCUGAAAACAGUAAAAAUGAUCGUUAUUUGUAUCACGUAGCAGAGAGUUGGGAGCGCCAUCAAAAUUGACAUAUAGACAAUAGUUAACUUCAUUACCAAAAAAAAUAUACGAAAAGGUUAAGGUGAAGGUAAUCUGAAAAUGUAAGGCACAUUAUAAUGAAAACGAGCUACAAAACUAUAUUCAAAUCGAUCUGUGUGAUGUAAAUACUAGUGUAAAUACGCAACAGUAUAGACUAGACCAUAGCUCAUUAUUUUAUUUUAUUUAUAAAAAUGUAGGCAAACACGGUGAUAUUUGAGGUCUUAUUACAAGAAAAUCGAAUUGUGGUUAUUUGGUAAUGACGUCGCAUAAUUUAAUUCCGUUCGAUAUUCUCUUUGCAACGGCCUUCACCGGUUUUGCUUUUUUUAUGGAUGCUCUUCCGUACAAAAAAGUUGUUAUGUAAUUUGAGCGGCAAUUAUUCAAAGCAAUAGGUGAUGGAGAGGAGAGCAAUGCCAUCCGAUAUGAAAUGCCAUUCAACAUACAGCUACUAGCUAUUAGCUAGAAGCGUAAAGAUUCGCUUAUUACUUUGGAUUUAUGCUUAAUGAAUAGAGAACGCAAAUUAUUUGCAAAAAAAAAAAAAAACAGAUUACCUCCACUUAAUUUUGCAUUAAAAGUGGUGCUUGAAAAACUACCAAACAUGUCAAAACUCGUUUAUAUCAAAUUCUUCCAAUUCGAGAAUUUUCAAACGCUAAGUGCUCACUCACCUAAUUUUGUAGUAGAAAAAGUUCAAGAAACGUUAAAGCAAUAAACCUUCAAACACCUAAAAAA